GAUAUGACCAGGAUGUGUGUGAAGCAUGUGUCCGUUUGGCUGCUGCUGCUACAACUGAGUUCUUGCUUUAGUUCUGGGAGCUGUGGAAAGGUGCUGGUCUGGCCCAUGGAGUUCAGUCACUGGCUCAAUUUAAAGAUAAUCCUGGGUGAACUUGUGCAGCGAGGACAUGAAGUAACUGUGCUGAGGUCUUCAGCUUCUGUUUUAAUCGAUCCCAAGAAUGAUUCUGGAAUUAAAUUUGAAACUUUUCCUACAUCUUCUACUAAAGAAGAAAUGGAGGCAUUUUUCAUGUAUUGGAUCAACACAUUGAUAAAUGAUGUGCCAAGAGAAAAAUAUUGGGAAUAUUUUCCCCUAUGGCAUAAGUUUUGCUUAAAAUAUUCUGAUAUUUAUGAAAGUCUUUGCAAAGAAGUGGUUUUCAACAAGAAACUCAUGGCAAAGCUUCAAGCUUCAAAGUUUGAGAUUGUUCUUGCAGACACCAUUGCCCCCUGUGGGGAGCUGCUGGCUGAGCUCCUGGAAAUCCCCCUCGUGUACAGUGUCCGCUUCACUCCUGGCUACACGUAUGAGAAGUACAGUGGAGGACUUCUGUUUCCUCCAUCCUAUGUGCCUAUUAUUGGAUCUGAUUUAAGUGGUAAAAUGACAUUUAUGGAGAGGGUGAAAAAUAUGCUAUUCAUGCUUUAUUUUGACUUUUGGUUCCAGACAUUCAAUGAGAAGAGGUGGGAUGAGUUUUGCAGUGAAGCUCUAGGAAGACCUGUCACCUUCUCUGAGCUGAUGGGCAAAGCUGAGAUGUGGCUCAUUCGCAGCUACUGGGAUUUGGAGUUUCCCCGCCCACUCUUACCAAAUGUUGAAUUUGUUGGAGGGCUCCACUGUAAACCUGCCAAACCCCUGCCUAAGGACAUGGAAGACUUUGUGCAGAGCUCUGGGGAAGAGGGAGUCGUGGUGUUUUCCCUGGGUUCAAUGGUCAGUAACAUGACAGAAGAGAGGACCAAUGUGAUUGCAUCAGCCCUUGCCCAGCUUCCACAAAAGGUUCUGUGGAGAUUUGAUGGCAAGAAGCCAGAUACCCUGGGAUCCAACACUCAAGUUUAUAAGUGGAUCCCCCAGAAUGACCUUCUUGGUCAUCCAAAAACCAAAGCUUUUGUCACUCAUGGUGGAGCCAAUGGCAUCUAUGAAGCAAUCUACCAUGGCAUCCCUAUGGUGGGCCUUCCUUUGUUUGGGGAUCAGCCCGAUAACGUUGCCCACAUAACGGCCAAGGGAGCAGCUCUCACCCUGAACUGGAGGAUAAUGUCAAGUACAAAACUGUUCAAUGCCUUGAGGACAGUCAUUAACGACCCUUCCUAUAAGGAGAAUGUCAUGAAAUUGUCAAGAAUUCACCACGAUCAGCCCAUGAAGCCCCUGGACCGAGCCGUCUUCUGGAUCGAGCAUGUCAUGCGCCACAAGGGAGCCAAACACCUUCGCGCUGCAGCCCACAACCUCACCUGGUACCAGUACUACUCUCUGGAUGUGAUUGGAUUCCUGUUGGCUUGUGUGACAAUCAUUAUUUAUCUUGUCAUCAAAUUGUGCUUGUUUGUUUUCCAAAAGGUUGUAAAUACAGGAAAGAAGACAAAGAGAGAUUAAAAUUAUUUUGUGCAUUGUCUAACAGCCCUGAAACUUGACAUCACACUUUUUUUUUUCAACCAGUUUGGAUCUAGAUGUGGAAAGAUUCCCUUGCACAUUUUAAGAAAUCUGUGCUUACUUGAUUUCUACAAAUAUUUUAUCCCUGAAUAAACAUUGAAGAAUGU